AUGCCCUGCAAGCUACAGAUCCUCAUCAACAAGCAAGACCACCUCAGCGAUGAGGAGUUCCACCAUUACUGGUCCGUCGAACACUCCAAGAUCUGGCUCAGUACCGAGAUUGUCAAGAAGAAGAUCAUCACAUACUCUCAGUUCCACGUCGACAAAAAGGCCACGGCGGUUCUGACCGACUUUGGCGUCGAUAUUGGUCAGUGGGACGGCAUCGUUACCAUGGUGGCGGAAAGCAUGGACGAGUUGUUGAGCUUCUUUGCCGACGAAGAGUAUCUGCGCGUGGUGGUGCCUGAUGGGAAGAAGUUCCUGAAACGCGAAACGGCCAUCAUGAUGAUUGGGGAGGAUCAUCCAAAGAAGGUCGAUGGAAAGGUCGUGAUAGAUAUUGGGAGGUAG